UUAAAUAUAGAAAUUUUUCGCCAAAAAAAUAAUAGAUAAAAUUUGUAUUUAGUGCAGCCAACUGCGAAAUGUAUACAAAUUAAUCACAACUUCAGAGGCAUGUGCAGUAGCACAAGAUAAGGAAGGAUGGAACAAUACGUGUUUUGAAAAGUAUUUUUUUGCUAAUAUUUAAAAACAUAAUAAUAUUAAUAUGAUACCGUUAGGGAAUUUACUUCUUUAUGCUAUUUUAUUUGCAGUAAUAUGUAUAAUUGUGUUUUCUAUAAUAUUAUUUGUAAUGACAAAACCAUAUCCAGAAAUAUGGCAAGAUGAGAAGGAAAAAUACUUUUUCAAUCCAAAAACGAAAAAAACAGAAGCUUUCCCGUCUUUAUAUGAAAAAUGGAGCGUACAUUUAAGUGUUAUAGUACCAGCUUAUAAUGAAGAGCAAAGAUUGCCAGUAAUGUUAGAUGAGUGUUUGGAAUAUUUGGAAAACCGUUCAAAAAAUGGGUGUACUUAUGAAGUGAUUAUAGUUAGCGAUGGAAGUUCAGAUAAAACUGUGGAUAUUGCUCAUCAGUAUGCAUUAAAGUAUGAAAACAUUAGAGUAUUAAAUCUUGUUAAAAACAGAGGGAAAGGUGGGGCAGUAAGAUUGGGUAUAUUAAGUGCAAGAGGAAGCGUAAUAUUAUUUGCAGAUGCUGAUGGUGCUACUAAGUUUACAGAUUUAAAAAAGUUAGAUGAUAAUUUGAAAAAUAUAUUAGGAUUUGAUUAUAUAGAUAAGCCAAAUGAAGUCAGUAAUUCUCAUGCAAUAGUAUGUGGAUCUAGAGCUCAUUUAGAGAGAGAAGAAACUGCUAAAAGAACCUUUUUUCGAUUGCUACUAAUGCAUGGAUUCCAUUUCCUAGUGUGGUUUUGGGGAGUCAGAGGUAUUAGGGAUACACAGUGUGGUUUUAAACUUAUAACACGUGAAUCUGCAAGAGUUGUAUUUCAAGCUCUACAUGUUGAACGUUGGGCAUUUGAUGUAGAAAUGCUAUAUAUUGCAAGAAUUCUAAACAUUCCUAUUAUUGAGAUUCCUGUGAAUUGGACAGAAAUUGAAGGAUCCAAAAUAGUCCCUUUCUGGAGUUGGUUACAAAUGGGUAAAGAUUUAUUUUUCAUUUGGUAUAAGUAUAGAAUUGGGGCAUGGAAAAUAAAAAGAUCUAAACAAACGUAAUAUAAAUGUGCACAGAACUCAAAAUAUUUAUAAAUAAACCUUUUAUUCAAUAUUUCCACUAUAGAUAACAUCAGAUAUCAUGUUUAACAUAAUUAGAUAAUAUAAUUUACAUAGUAAUCAUGAAAUAUUUUUCCUUUGUAAGGAAAAUUUAUAAAUAUGAAAAACCAUAACAAGCUUUAUUUAAUAACCUUAUAUCCUGUUAGGAUGAUAAUAAUCUUUAUUUUAGUGAACAAUCAUAUAAAAAAGUAUGAUAGACUAUCAUAAAUGUUUUUAAAGAGAAAGAGAGCUGUUUGGUGUUUUAGAUUAACUUAAUCAAAUUGAGCAAGAUAUAUUACUUCGUUUAUAUAUUUUUUCUUUUAUCUAUCAUAUGCAUUGUAAUAUGUAAUUAUCAUUAUUAAUAAAUAACACUUUAUGAAGAA